AGCUGUACCAACGGUAAUUUACAGCUUGUCGGUUGUGUAUACAGUGGCAUACAGGUGAAAAAUUUUUCUUAUCAGUGAAUGAAAAUGAAGUAAAAUUGUGUUUUUGUAUUAAAUAUUUUGGAAAAAUUAAAUUUAUCAACAUGAACGGCUUAAUCGUGUUCAACAGCGCCAAUGAUGUUGUGUUCCAACAACUUAAUACACCAUUGGCUGAGCAUUUCUACGCAAAAAAUCCCGAUCUAUUUCCGGAGAAUGCAACUGCGGCGUCGAUAGAUGGAAAUAUUAUUCUACAGAUUUUCAGUCCAAUCAUCAAUUCCCAACGUAUAAUGCAUUGCCAAUUUGACAACACAUACUCGAGUUUUCAGUGCGAUAAAGGUCUCAACUUUACUUUUGGUGACCUGCUGGGUUAUUCAUUUGUUAAAAUUGGACAACGUCCAGUAGAGGUACUCAAACGCCAUCUGGGAGUGGCUAUUGCGCUGGCACGUCACUUAUACGGUGCCAAUUUAUUCGCCACACAAGCUAGCAGCGUACAGGAAGAAUUGCUAUCAACUUGCUUGGAAUGUUACGAAGAACAUUUGUGGGAUGAGGAACAAACCAUGUUGCUUGAAGCGCUACCACGUUUGCUUGUCAAUAAUGAACUUAGCCGCGUUGUACGCACUGCUUUGGAUGCGGCAUUAGAACGUCUGCGUGACAUGGGGCAUCAACGCGCACAUGCGCUUGUAUUUGCCGCAAAUAAGUUUGUCGCUUCAGCUACAUCGAAGCAAGCGCUCGCUAUGAGUCCAUCUGAUCUAGUAUUCCUAACUUUACUCUCACGCUCUUUACAACGUCAACAACGCCAACUUAAUACUUCAGUAGCGGUGUUCUUGCAAGGUGUAUCGCAUGACCCACAAUCCGGUUGUGUACCGUGCAUCGCACACUUGUCACAACUAUCGAAGGGCGUAUUGCUAGUGCAGGUGAUCGAGUAUGCCAAUCUGCAAGUAGCGAGUAGCAUGUAUGAUACUUUCUUUGUGCUACAAAAAAUCAUUACCCUGCAAAUACAAGGCGACUCAGAUGCCAUGCGGCCCAUUUAUGAUAGCCUAGAAUCGUUUGUUAAGCAAACAUUAGAAGCACUCAAGCGUUCGAAGUUAAGAGGCGAUGAAGUGGACACCUCAUUGAAGAAAUUCAUUUUAAAAUGGGAUAACUUGAGAAAGAUGUAUGCGGAUUUCUUUCGCUCAGUGGAAAGAGAGUUACUGGUACGCAUCGAGUCCAACAUUCCUUCUUUCAUGGAUGAAUUAAAGCAGCUGUUUACGCUUACUUGCUGUGACAGCUCCAGCGUUGCUUUAGAUCAGCUACCAGAUGUGGCUUCACUAGUUGAGGGAAAGAUUUUGGAAAUCUCCGAAUUUUUGGCAGUCAAAGCUGAGCGUAACAUUACAAUUGAUGCUUAUUUGGAAGACUUUCCUGGACUCAUACACUUUGUGUACAUUAAUCGCACCACUGGUCUGAUGAUUGCGCCCGAUUUGCGUGCAAACCAAUUGAUUUCCAAAGAACGCUUAUGGUCAAUGGUUGAAUUCACACGCAAUUACUUGAAGAAAGGUCACUCGACUGUUAUGUGGAAGGAUAAAACAUUCAACUACUCGUAUUUUCUCUGGUUCGAAGAUCAAUCCGGUGGUCCCAUGAAAUCAAUUGAUAUGCAACAACACAUGGUAGCUUCGGCUUUAUCCAAUAAUGCUUUCAAAUCACAAUUCGAACCAGGGCUACUUGCCGCCGACUAUUACCAGCAGCUCGCUGAAGUUUGCUUUCCCAAGGUUACGCCGGGUAAAAUCAAAUGCUACGAACUCUUUUGCAUACACUUGGGUUUAGUGACGUCGACUUGCGCUGUGGAGCACUCACGUCGUCUUGUGGCAACUAUUGCGGAUUUGGCGGGUGAAAAUAAUUAAUUUUUUAAGAUAUUUUUUUGUAAUUCAGCUUCCAUUUGUUACAUUCCAAGGAUACUCAUUAGAUAAUUAUUUGUUUUUUUUUUUUUACAAAAUUUGUUAUUUGUAAGUUUAUGCGUUAUUUUAACUUGAGCUUUAAACUUUAGUAUUAAACAUAAACAAUUCAAGAACAAAAACUUUGUUCAUUGUUUGAAAAUGUAUCAAACAUCUUAAAAACGCCUAAAUAUACAAGUAUGUAACCUUAACUUA